UACUGGGUAUAACUUGUAACACGUGUUUCAAGAUGGCCGACAACACAAACCAACGUGGGACAAAAGUUUGUCAAGUAUAUGCCUAAAAAUACCGCUAAAAUCUUAGUAUUGUAAUGAGAAGUGACUGAAUGUAUGACAUAGAACGAUAUAUUGUAUAAUUUCCAGUAAUUAGUAUUUUUAUCAUUAUGAAACCAAAAUCGAGCAAGUUUUCUGGCAAGAAGCAGACGAAGAAAACAAACAGCAAACCGGCAAAAUUCAAGCAUCGAAAGGAAAGACGAUCUGCCAAACGCAAGGCUUCCAAAGAAGAUGAAGAGGCGCUAGAGUUCUUGGAGGUUGGAAAUGAAGUCAAGGACGUUGUAGAGUCUGACAAUGAGGAGGAAAUCAAUGAACUUGAUACAAGAAAACUUGUCUCCCAGCAAAACAAAAAAAAGAAGAAGUCUGGAGGUUUUCAAUCUCUGGGGCUGAGCUUCCCUGUGUUUAAAGGAGUAAUGAAGAAAGGCUACAAAGUCCCUACUCCUAUACAAAGAAAGACACUACCCCUUGUCAUGGAUGGCAAAGAUGUGGUUGCCAUGGCAAGAACAGGUUCUGGAAAAACUGCAGCUUUCCUGAUCCCAAUGUUUGAGAAACUGCAGACUCAUACAGCCAAGGUUGGAAUAAGGGCUCUUAUCCUCUCCCCUACUCGUGAAUUAGCCUUGCAAACACAGAAAUUCAUAAAAGAGCUUGGUCGCUUUACUGGAUUAAAAUCAUCUGUGAUUCUUGGAGGAGACAGCUUAGAGGGACAAUUUGCUGCCAUCCACACCAACCCCGAUAUUGUCGUCGCUACACCAGGUCGCUUUCUGCAUGUUGUCAUGGAGAUGGAAUUAAAGCUGUCAUCUGUGGAGUAUGUGGUGUUUGACGAGGCUGACAGGUUGUUUGAGAUGGGUUUUGCAGAACAGCUGCAUGAGAUUAUCCACAGGCUUCCUGAGUCAAGACAGACACUGCUGUUUUCUGCCACCCUGCCAAGACUCCUUGUAGACUUUGCAAAAGCUGGGCUAUGUGACCCAGCGCUUGUCAGACUUGAUGUAGAUACCAAAUUAAGUGAGCAGUUAAAGCUUGCAUUUUUCCAUGUACGCUCUGAUGACAAACAAGCUGCCCUGAUGCAUCUGCUACAAAACGUCAUCAAGCCAACGGAACAGACACUUAUUUUUGCAGCAACAAAACAUCAUGUGGAAUACUUAAAAGAGAUGUUGCUGAGUGGAGGAAUUGAUUGUUCGUAUGUGUACAGUUCACUGGACCAGACAGCACGUACCAUCAACGUUGGCAAAUUCCAGCAUAAGAAAACGAUGGUGAUGGUUGUGACAGAUGUUGCGGCACGAGGUAUAGACAUCCCCAUGUUGGAUAAUGUGAUCAACUUUCACUUCCCGCCAAAGGCAAAACUUUUCGUCCACCGAGUCGGUCGUGUUGCCCGUGCUGGAAGAUCAGGGACAGCUUAUUCACUCGUUGCGAACGAUGAGGUGGCACACUUGCUAGACCUCCACUUGUUCCUUGGUAGACCCCUAAGGCUAAGUGCCACAGGGUCACAGGAAGAGGACGGGGUGUUUGGUGGAAUGCCACAGCAAGUUCUGGAUGAGGAAGAUGCCACCCUGCGCACCAUUCACGACAACUCCCACGACUUGAUGACACUACAAGGGGUGUGCGCCAACGCCUACAAACAGUACAUAAGGUCUCGUCCUCAGGCCUCCUCGGAAUCCGUCAAGAGGUCGAAGGAACUAAUGGCAACUCCACUGGCAGUUCAUCCUCUGUUAGGAGAUCCUAGUGAGGUAACGGAUGUCCCCCUUUCUCAGCUCAUAGACAGCGUGAGAAACUUUAAACCCCGCCAGACCAUUUUUGAAGUGAACCCGACAUCCAAGACAUCCGCCAGAGACGUCAUGAAAUCCAAACGGGCACAACAUGGUAACACCAUCGAGAAAGUGCACAGUCUGAAGCAACAACAACAGCCAUACAUCGAGAAGACCCACACCUCCCCUGAGGGGGAGAAUGUCGACAUGGACGAUGCGGAUGUUAAGGGUCUUUUCGCUACAAUAAUUGACCCCAGCGAGAACAAGAAGCGAAAACCAAAAAGAAAUGGGUCAUCACAUAACUUUAGAGACGAAAACUACAUCUCACACACGUCAUCUGAUCACUAUGCCGAGAGAGGCCUGGGGUUAGGGCUGAACUCUUUUGAGAAGGAGGCCACUGGAGCCGUGAUUGAUAUCGUAGGAGAUGAUGACGAAACGCUGAGGAAAAAGAAAGGGUUGAAGAAAUGGGAUCGUAAGAGGAAACGGUUCGUCGGCGAGGAAGGCAACAAGAAGAAAAUCCGGACGGAAAGUGGUGCGCGGAUUCCCGCCUCGUACAAGAGGAACAUCUACAAGGACUGGGUCAAGAGAAACAAGCUGGACACACCCGGGGCGGACCUGGACGAGGGCGGGGGCAAGCGCGGCAAAAAAGGGAAAUUCAAGAAAGGUUCUCGCUCUAGAAGUGGACCACGUCCACAAAGAAACGAAAUUAAAUCCAAGGAACAGAUACUGAAAGCGCGAAAGACAAAGGAGAGAUUAAUGAACCGGCAGAAAACGGGGAAAGACAGAAAUAAGAAACGGAAAAUGAUCAGAGGGAAAUAGUAUGUAGCAGAAAUUAUAUUCCAGGAAAACUAGAGAGAUCGAUGAACCGGUAGAAAACGGUAAAAGACAGAAAUAGGAAACGAAGAGUGAUGAGAGAGAAAUAUUACACAGAGUAAAGGAGCAAUAAUACUUGAGAAAUUUAUUUUCUUGCACUUGUAAAUAAAGGCUGUUUUUUAGAAAGAGAA